AGAGAGAGAGAGAGAGGAAAAUGGGUGGACGGAAAGUCCCCGUGUGGAAAUCCCCUUGACUUGGACUUUUUCCUUUUUUGAAAAACUAUCGUUAGCGGACGCGUGUGCUCUGUUGAAAGGCUCCGCCAAAGCUGCGAGGGCUCCAAAAUAGAUCUGAUACUGACGGAAAGAGAAGCUUGAAUGGCGCCGAGGACCGCUGCGGUGAGGCUGAGUGAAGUGGCUGAGGAGGACUAGCCUGAGCAUCCGGGAGGCUUUGUUAUUACCCCCCUCCCCUCCUCCUCCGACAUAUUACACAGCCCCGGCCAGCCUCGAACCGCAGCGUCCGGCAGCUGUGCGUCCACGUUUCCACGUUGUUUGGUCAUCGGCGGUUGGUGCCUCCUCCUCUCCUCCUCCUCGCUCCUCUUCCUCCCCUCCGUCCACCCGUCCGUCCACCAUGUCGCAGGGUCAGAACUUCCUCCCCAAAUUCCUGUUUGUGUCCAACCUGCUGAAGGCGGUGAAGAUCCGUCAGCGAGUGCCCAAUGACGUGGUGAAGCCGGCGACCAGCGGCGGCCUCAUGCACCACCUGCGGGGGAUGCACCGCUACACGCUGGAGAUGAUCGCCAUGAACCACUUCCCCCAGGCCUUCAGGGAGGUGGUGCAGGCCGCCAUCCUGGACCGAGCCAUGCAGGCGUCGCUGGAGCAGGAGAAGAAGCUCAACUGGUGUCGGGAGCUGAAGAAGAUGGUGCCGUUACGCACCAAUGGAGACGGGAACUGUUUGCUCCACGCGGCCUCUCAGUACAUGCUCGGUGUUCAGGACACGGACCUGGUGCUUCGGAAAGCUCUUCACGGGGUUCUGAAGGAGACGGACACCGGUGUGUUUAAAGCUCGCUUCCAGGCAGAGCUGCUCCAGUCCCAGGAGUUCACCCAGACCGGCCUCCGAUACACCACCAUGAACUGGGAGGAAGAGUGGGAAAAGAUAGUGAAGAUGGCGUCUCCGGUCUCCAGUAGCAACGGCCUCCAGUUUGACUCAUUGGAGGAUAUUCACAUCUUCAUCCUCUCCAACAUCCUCCGCCGACCCAUCAUCGUCAUUGCAGACCAGGUGGUCAGGAGUAUGAAAUCUGGCUCCUCCAUCUCUCCUCUGAAUGUGGGUGGGAUUUAUCUGCCUUUACACUGGCCGCCUACAGAGUGCUACAAAUACCCGAUAGUGCUCGGCUACGACUCCCAGCACUUUGCACCCCUCAUCACCAUCAAAGACAGCGGUCCAGAGAUCCGAGCGGUGCCGCUUAUCAACCCGAGACGGGUGGGCUUUGAGGAGCUGAAGAUUCACUUCCUGAUGGAGAAGGAGCAGCAGCAGAAAGAGCGGCUUCUUAAAGAUUACCUGCACCUGAUUGAGAUCCCCGUCAUAGGGUUGGGCCACGACACCACACGGAUUAUGAAAGCUGCACGGCUGGAUGAGGGGAACCUUCCAGAAGACAUGAACCUGAUGGAGGACUACCUGCAGCUAGUCAACCACGAGUACCAGCGCUGGCAGGAGGACAAGGAGCAGGCGUGGGCCGCCCAGCCACAGCGCCCACCACCCUUCUCUGUCUCCCAGCUCUCUCUCAUUGAGAUCCGCUGUGCCACGCCACGAUGCACCUUCUACGUCUCGGUGGACACACAGCCUCAUUGCCAUGAAUGCUUUGAGAAGCGUCAGGCCACCACCGGCGGAGGAGCGAGAAUAGAGGGGGUGGUUCAGACCAAGGGAGGAGGUGUACAAGGUGGGGUUGGAGUGAUUGGGGGAUCAGAGACUGAGGUGAGCUCCAGAGGAGCCCGAAGCAGCAGCCCCCCAUGUUCCUCGUCUGGGAGAGGGGUGGUGUUAUCCAGCCCCCGCUCAGCCCCACCCACCGCCCCCAGCCUCAGCCUAUACAGUGAAACUCAUGCCAUGAAGUGCAAGACACCUGGCUGCCUCUUCACCCUCAGUGUGGAGCAUGAUGGACUUUGUGAGCGCUGCUUCAACUCCAGGCAGAACCACGGACCCCCUGGAGCUGGAACGGCUGCCACAGGACUCCCGGGCCCCAAUGGGGGGCCCGUCGUUCCCCACCCGGCCCAGGGCUCCGGCUGGACCCAGUGGGGGGGCUGCGAGGCAGAGACAGAGCGAUGCAGCAUGUGCAGACAGGAGGCGUUCAGGAUAUUCAAUGGUCUGUGUCCACCCUGCAUGCAGAGACAGCAGGCUCCAGAGAGGGGAGAGCCUCAGCAGAGCAACCCAAGGACUGAGGCCUCAUCUUCGGCUUGGAGCCAGGCCAGGGACACUGAGCGGCCGUGCCUCACCCUAACCCCCGGGCACACCUCAGCCUGGCAGGCCCCUCUGGCCAGGCCUUGUAAAAGAUCUGGCUGCCAGUUCUUUGGGACACCAGAGAAAUUGGGUUUCUGCACUAUUUGCUAUGUAGACUAUCAAACCAACCACCACCUGACUCCUCCUCCUGCACCGGUCCAGAGCCGGCAUGGUUUGGAGACAGGCUUCCAGAAUGCCUCACGGUGUCGUGGGCCUGGGUGUGGUGCAGUUGGCAAGGCAAUGCUGGAGGGCUACUGCGAUAAAUGUUACGUCAAAGAGCAAAGCGCACGGCUAAACCAAGUGGCACAUCGCACACCACACUCCCCUCCUCUGGUCAUGCGUGACCGAGCAGCCAAACCCAGAUCUUCACAGCAAUCCCAGACCCAGACCCAGACUCAGUGCCGACGUAGUGGCUGCAGCAACGUGUCCCCAGGUUGCACAGAUCUCUGCCCAGAGUGCCACACGCGUGGUCAGGGCAGGGAGGCGGGUAGGCGGGCGCAGGCGCCCAAGGAGAAGUCGAAGCAGCGGUGCCGGACGCAGGGCUGCGACCACUACGCCAACCAAGAGAAACAGGGCUACUGCAACGAGUGUGACCACUUCAAACAGAUUUACCGCGGCUGACCACAUGCGCUCCACACAAUGAUGACACAUCGCUAGCACGCUAGAGCCGCCGCCCUGCUGUGGGCUCCCCAUGCCAGUCAAUGCACCUCUGAUACUAACUAACCAACUAACUAACUAGCUAGUGACUAACUAGUAACCUUAUGGCCUGAAAAUCAAACCCCCCAUGUAGAAUGUGAAGAGAGAGUGUGUGUACGUGGGGGGGCGGUGGGUGAGUGUGUGUGUGUUCACAGUAGACAUGGCCUCCAGAAUACCUCUUUGUGCAAUUAUUAUCAUCAGACGUGCCCUGUGCACUUACACGGUGAGAGGUUCGGCUACAUGUCAGAGCAACUGACUUAACUCUUGUGUACAAUAUGUAUUUAGAGGUACGUAGUGAAUCGUGCCGGACAAAAUGAUUGUAUGUUGACAUAACAAGAAGCAUCUGACAUUGCUUUCUAGACCACAGCCAAGGAUUUAUACCCCCCGUCUGUCUGUCUGUCUUAACCCAUCUGUGUAUCUGUCUGCCUGUCUGUCUAGCAUUUGCUCUGUCGAGUGAGGGAUGCAGUAGUUGGGCGAGCCCAGCGACGAAUCUGUGGAAGCAGUGAGCAGAAGUGAGCCGAACCAGGCCAAAGCGAAGCAAGUGAAGUGCUUGAAAUGAAGUUGUUUAGCUUAGUUCCCCCAAAAUUACUCAUUUGUCCUCCCAGAACAGACAAAGAUUUGCCAAAAGAGGCUCUUGCAAUCAAUAUUGUAAAAUGAUCAAAAGUUAAUUUUCUUCCAUUAGUCAGUCAAUAGGAGUGUUAGUUUAUAUUUUUAGGCAAAUUAGUAUUGUUACUUAUCUGUUAUAUGAAGUUGUAAAUUUCUUGGUAUAAAAAGCAGGAACAAAUCGUGUGUCCAAACAGUGCAAGACAGACAGGGCAGGCCCCUGCUAGUUUUGGUGCUACAUGUACAGAAAUACAAGCCUCUCCAUUGUAGCCAACAUGCUGCUGGUGUCACCGGGCAGAAGGCAGAGAACACAGCAGAGAUGGGACUCAUUCUCUUUCUAUUCCUCCUUUCCUUCCUCUUAUUUCCCCUUUUCUCCAAAACAGAUCUGUUGCCUUGGACGUUGUUUUCCUGUUUACUAACCACUUAAGCACCUAGAAACGCAUCGACACAUGCGCACACAUACCUGCACACACAAAUGUAGUUUAGCCAGUCCUGUCAGACGGGGAUUGCCGACUGUAGAGAGAACUGAGAAAAUGAAGACGGGUGAAGUCUGGAUAAUUAUCCACCUUACCACGGCACACACAUAUGCACACACGCACAUGCAAACACAGCUCUGUGAGAUUGUAACGCCCCACCCCGGCCUGAGGUGAUGUGUAGGUAAACAAACCCAUAAAGAAAUGCAUUCCUCUCUGCUCCACCCCACUGGAUGUGCCAAGGCGACAAUUUCAAAACGUCAGAGAGCAAUCCCAUUGCCUGCUUUGGCUAAUCUCGUUUAUCUGAAUGUGUUUUGUGCUGCUGCUACAACAGCACAGUAUUGGGGCUGAUCCUCGAUAAGUUUUGCCUUUAAGUAGUGAUUGAAAUUUUAUGGACCAGAGGGGCCUGAUCAGUGAUUAUGGAUCAGUGCUCCCACCUAUAAAAUGCUUUUGUGAAUAUGGAUAUUAAUCCAUAUUGUAGGACCUUCCAACCCGAUGCCUCAUCUCCAAACACACACACACACAACUCACGCAUGUGUGCGUCUGGAAUACACAAAAAAACUGACAUUCCUGGUUUUUUUUGUUUGUUUUGUUUUUGAAUUUUUAAAUGUAUUUUGAUAUAUUUGGUUUUGUUUUCUGCCAAAAAGAAAAAAAAAAAAAACGACAAAAAAACGUGCCAUCAAUUGCCAAACAGUUGUUGUUACCUCCUUAAAAAUGGCCAGCCUGGACCAUUCUAACCUAACCAGAGGGCCGCAGACGGACAUCUCCAGUUUUGUGCAAAGCUUAACAAGAUCUCUCAUGUUGAAAAAUCCCCAAAUGGACACCAUCUCUAUAUGUGAGUGUCUGUUUCAUCCAAGUGCAAAGAAACAUUUAUCUACAGUGAUAACCUCAAGUGUGAAACAUUUAUCAGACCAACUGAAAUGUGGACAUCAUGUGGAGCAGUGAUUCCCCUCAUACUUCUGCUGAACACCUCUGCUGUAGGCAGGUGUCCGUCUGUGGCUCUGGUUAGAGAAGCAUAGACAAACAGGCUCUCGGUCUGCCUUUUCAUUCAACUGUAUCUAAAGCUGUGGGGCCAGCCCACAUGUUGACGGCCUGUACGUAGAUCUCUGUGUGCUUUAAUCACCUCUAGACAAACCUUAAUCAAUUAAAGGCCAAUUAGCGGUGGGCUCGUCGGGGUUUUCGGAGCUCCGGCUGAGUUCGACUGGGAGGAGAUCACAUAAGUUGCACAUGACUUGUCUAAGCUGCUGAGGCAUUUAGGAAUGGUACUCCGACUUGCGUAGGGACAUUCCAACAGUAGGAAGAGCAUCGGCUUAGGAGCAGAAGGUGUAACAAAACAUGCAAAUGGUGUGGAAGUUUCUUUGUGUGACCUUUUCGACAAUAGGGUAUUGUAUGAAAAAAGCCUGGUUUUAUUUGUUAAGUAUUUAUUCAUAUCAAGAUAUCUGUAUUGUGUGAUUCAAUAAUUAUUUAUAUGUCGUCCUGAAAUGAAUUAUUUUUAUUAAGAAAUCUGAAAUCUGA